GCCUGGUUACCAUCCAAUCCCGUGUAAACAUCUUAUGCUGCCCGAAUUAGAAAAGUUGUUUAUAUUUUUCAUAUGUUGUCAAAACUGUUCAUAUGUUCGUCAUAAUAUGACAAGGACUUAACUAAACAGGGAGAAGAACCAUUAUAAAGAUGUCAGAGGAGAAGAAACCCGAUGGGGAGAGUCCCAGCAAGGACAAGGGGGCGAUCGAGGACAGCGCCUUUGAGGCCCUGGAGAAGGACUUCCAAGAAGUCCUGAACGAGUUGAUGGGCGACCGGAGCCUGGAGAAGUUCCGCGUGGAGUACGAGAAACUGCACCGGGCCCUGCGCAAGUCCCACGAGAGCGAGAAACGACUCAUGACCAAAUGCCGGGAACUGAACAGCGAGAUCGUGGCCAACUCGGCCAAAGUGGCCACAGCGCUGCGGCUGUCGCAAGAAGAUCAGACGACCAUUGCCCAACUGAAAAAGGAAAUCGAGAGGGCUUGGAAAAUGGUGGACGCCUCUCAUGAGAAAGAGCAGAGGGCUCGGGAGACCAUCCAGUCUCUCAAGCUGGAGAUCGCCAACCUGAGCAAGCUAGUGGAACAAGGAGCUGGCCUCACCAUGGGACAGGAACACAGUGUGAAUGAGCUGUUGAAAGCCAAGGAAGAGUUGACCAAGGAGCGAGACGAGCAGCUAGCGGAGAUUGUCAAGCUGAGGGAAGCGCUGACGGAGGCUGCCAACGGCCAGCAGAAAGCUGAGCAGGACAGGUCCGACGCAGAGAACAAAAUUGCCGAGCUGGCCCAGGACAUUCAGGUGCGAAGCAACGAGGCCCAACGUGAGACGCGUCGUAAGGAGAAGCUGGACCGAGAGCUGAAGCAGUCCAAGGUGGAGCUUGAGCAGAAGGCUGGAGACAUCAAGACCAUGCAUCUACAGACCCAGCGGUACAAGGACGACAUCGGCAGGCUGGAGACACAGCUCAAAGAACAAAAGAUUCUGUUUGAGCGGACCGUCAAAGACAUGGACGUCCUGAACCAGCGCUUCAGCAAACUGCAGCAGGACUACGAGCAGCAGCUGAUCAGCUGUGACGGCCUGGCACAGGAGAACCAGACCAGGGUCGCUGAACUCAAGGCUAAGGAAGACGAGAUUGGCGUACUCAAGACGGACACCAUCCGCCUGACCAAGAUGCGGGAGACCAUCCAGCGCAAGCUGCGCAACGUGGAGGAGCAGAAAGGAGACACGGAACAGCAGAAGGAAACGCUCAAGUCACAGAUCGUAGCUCUGGAACGAGAAAUUGAGAGCAACAAGAAGCAGGUGGAGAUGGACCGCAAGGCCAUCGACGACCUGGUCCGGGAACGGGACAUCCUGAACAAGAACCUGCUCAAGGCGGCCAACGCUACCCAGAAACAGCUGAACCUGGUCAAGCUCCACGAGCAGUCCAAGAAGAACCUGGAGCAGGAGAUUCAGAACUACAAGGACGAGGCCCAGAAACAGCGCAAGAUCAUCUACCAGCUGGAGAAAGAGCGGGACCGCUACAUCAACGAGGCUAGCGAUCUCACCCAGAAGGUACUCCAACACAUGGAGGAUGUCAAGGUGCGAGAGAUGCAGAUCUUUGACUACAAGAAGAAGAUUGCAGAAGCCGAGACCAAACUGAAGCAGCAGCAGAAUCUGUACGAAGCCGUGCGCAGCGACAGGAACCUGUACAGCAAGAACCUGAUAGAGUCACAGGAUGAGAUUACUGAGAUGAAACGCAAGCUGAAGAUCAUGAACCACCAGAUUGACCAGCUCAAGGAGGAGAUCACGGCCAAAGAAGCUGCACUGGUCAAGGAGCAUCUCGACCACCAAAGAGUGGAGAAGGAGAAGGAAGCCUUGAAGGGGGAGCUGCAGCGCAUGAAGCAGCAGGCCACGGAGAGCAAGGCCUACAUUGAAGCCCAGGAGGCCGAGGAACGCAAACUCCUCAAGAUCAUCUCGGAGGCGGACGCCGAACGCCUGCGCCAGAAGAAAGAACUCGAUCAGGUGAUCAGCGAGCGUGAUAUCCUUGGCACCCAGCUGGUGCGGCGCAAUGACGAGCUGGCCCUCCUCUAUGAGAAGAUCAAGAUCCAGCAGUCCACCCUGGCCAAAGGAGAGAUGCAGUACCGCCAGCGACUGGAGGACGUCCGUCUGCUCAAGCUGGAGAUCAAGAAACUCCGACGGGAGAAGAACAUCCUGAACAAGAGUGUGGCCAACGUGGAUGAUUUGAGACGGGAAGUCUACCACCUGCAGCGUGAGCUGUUGCGGGAGCGGACCCGCUGCAAGGCACUGGAGGAAGAACUGGAGAACCCCAUGAACAUCCACCGCUGGCGCAAGCUGGAAGGCUCGGACCCCAGCACCUACGAGAUGAUCCAGAAGAUACAGACGCUGCAGCGGCGCCUGAUUCAGAAGACAGAGGAGGUGGUGGAGAAGGAGCUUCUGAUACAGGAAAAAGAGAAGCUGUACAUUGAACUGAAACACAUUUUGGCCAGGCAGCCUGGUCCCGAGGUGGCAGAGCAACUGCAAAUCUACCAGCAGACCAUGAAGGACAAGACCAAACAGCUGAAGGGUAUGGCAUCAGAGCUGAACAUGUACGAAUCCCAAGUCCAGGAAUACAAGUAUGAGAUAGAGAGACUGGCUCGUGAGCUGCAGGAAGUCAAGAAGAAAUACUACGCCCAGAAACGCAAAGAGCAGCAAGGAAGAGAGCGAGAGAGGGCCGUGGCGCAGGCAGGCACAGCCCCCAUCCAGCCGCAACGGACAGACGGUCCUCGCUUCACGGGAGGGGGCUUCAACUUGAAACAGCCGGGCACGGGAAAGGUCACCGCCUAACUUCACACGCCGUCCAACACCAAACCUCAUCCUCCCGUCUUCUAAUUAUGAAUAUUAUUAUUCCGUCCCUAAUGAGGCUUGGACUUACACAAUGGAUGCCGGCUGUUUUGCGUAAUUGCCUUCACCGACAUAGAAUUGUUGAACUCUUUAGCCCGAGGCUAAUUCCUGGAACCGUACUCUAAGCCGGGAAAGACGAGACAGUCAUAAUAUUUUUCCCCGCACUUCACAUUUUUGAUUAAAAAAUUUGAUGUUUGUUAAAAACACAGUUGACAUUUUUCCUCAUUCGUUAACAAUUUUAAAAAUUUAUUUCAGGCCUAUGAUUAUUAUAUUAAGUUCCUUGAAAUAUAAAAGUCAACAUCACAUUUUUUUAAUACAAGAGAGUGAAAAAAGAUUAACAAGGAAAGGAGCACUUCAAGUGACCUGUCAAUUAAAAAUCAAUCCAUUUCAUAGUCUGCAUAUGGCAGGGUUCCUUUUUGUUCAGUGCCCUCACGCAUUACAGACGAUCUUACUAAAUAGUAACCAAUGGACUUAUAUCUGUAACUAACUUGAUUUAUGUCCCAUGCAUCAACUAAAGCAAUCACACACCACCUGAAACCAAUCCAUCAGGCAACAGGCAACGAGCCAUCGUGAUGUUCCAUGAAUCAUUAACACUUUUGCUUUUUUUCCUUCUAAGUUAUUGCAUUCACUGUACCGUAUACUGCCUUGAUACUUGUUCGUGCUGGCCACGUUCUACAACAGGAGCCCACUGCAACAUUGCCGCAUCGAUUCAAAGCAAGCGGACUGUGCGCUGCCAGUUUUUUGCAGAUGACUGGCAGUGGUUGGCGGUCGCGCCGUGACCCCACAAGUUCGUGGGAUGUUAGCAAAACACCGGCCAGAUACUAGUGGCCCAUAGUUCUGCACUAUCCUGGCCCAGUAAUCAACCUCUGAUUUCCCCGUUCCACACCUAAUCAACUACCGACAGGAGAUCCACACCGAACUAAAAGCACCGUCUUCAAUUCACAUACGCUGGAGUUAAUUUGUGACUUGCGCGGGGCACUCAGUCCCCGAGCCAGCCCAUGUUGACUUACUCUUGGCUGGGAGCACAAUAGUUAACCCUCACUGUGCCCUGAUUCAGUGGUGCGCACGGGCGCUUGUUACACAACGGUAACUGUCAUUUAGUGCGUUCCGUGGGGAUAUCAAAAUAGGCAUGCAUAAACAAGUCGGGCUUUUUUGCCGGGGAAUCGGCGUAAGCUGCUUUUGUUGCGGGGGAAAAAUUUAAAGCAAGCACACAUUCCCUAGUGGUUGGAAUGGGGAAUGAGACCUAGCUACAGAGUCCAUCAGGGCUGAACAUUACAGCGGGGGCAAGGCCGCGAGGCCUGAUGUACAGUGCAAUGCAUAUAGUCACCAAUCCACGCAAUCUUAUAAUAAUGCUCACAAUUAAAAUUAUAAAUUGCCAUCAGCCCAAAUAAAACGGUGGUUAAUUACGUUGAUUCCCAAAGACAUCACUAUUGCAAUAUCUUUUGAAGUGUACGCCAGGGGAAGUGAUAUCGAUGUUAUUCCGACUUCAACAAGUUUUUAUUGUGAAUUGCAAAUUUUGACCGUCAUGAAGGCAACAAUAUUAACAUACCCAUGAAUUCAGUGGGUUUUGCAAUGUCAAACUCGGAAUGACACAUCAUUGGACCCUAGUGUUAAUUCUAAGCUACUUGAGCAAGUGCCUUUUGUGAAAACACGGUAGAUUUUUAAUCAGCCACGGUUGCAGAAAAAAAAAAUCCAAAUAUAAAUAAGGCUUUUAUGCUCUUUGAGUUUUUAUCCGGUGGUAAGAAUUUUUAAUGCCCUGUGUAAAGCUGUUUUUGUGUUGUAUUCGAGAAAAUAAGGCAAUUUCCGUCCAUACCUUCCCACUAAUAGAUUCCAAAUAUAAAAAAAGGCUGUUAUGUGCAUGAGUUUUUAUACUGUGGUAAGAAUUUUUAAUGUCCUGUGUAAAGCUCUUUUUGUGUUGUAUUCGAGAAAAUAAGGCAAUUUCCGUCCAUACCUUCCCACUAAUAGAUAUUUAUAAGGUUGUAAUGAACUUGGACUUGAUAUUAACAUUAUUUUGUUGUUUGAUAAUAAAGACAUAUGAAUAAAGAGGUUAACUGGA